AUGGAGGGACAGACUGCAGAAAGCAGGGGCCUUGCAGAAAAAGCUUCCCCUGCUGCGGCACCCCCCAGCUUGUCCUCGCUCGGGGCUGUCUUCAUCCUGAUGAAAUCUGCCCUGGGGGCUGGCCUGCUCAACUUCCCCUGGGCCUUCCACCAGGCCGGAGGGCUGGCCCCGGCCUUCUUUGUGGAACUGGUCUCCUUGGUCUUCCUGGUCAGCGGGCUGCUUAUCCUGGGCUACGCAGCCUCUGUGAGCGGCCAGCCCACUUACCAGAGUGUGGUCCAUUGGCUGUGCGGCCCCAGCGUCGGGAAGCUGUGUGAGGCCUGUUUCAUCAUCAACCUACUCAUGAUCUCCGUGGCCUUCCUCAGGGUGAUCGGGGACCAGCUGGAGAAGCUGUGUGACUUCCUUCUGCCCAGUGCACUGCCGGCCCUGCAGCCCUGGUACGUGGACCAGCGCUUCACCCUGACCCUGCUCUCCAUCCUGGUCAUCCUGCCACUAUCCACCCCACGGGAGAUCGGCUUCCAGAAAUACACGAGCAUCCUAGGUACCUUGGCUGCCUGCUACCUGACCCUAGUCAUCAUGGUGCAGUAUUACUUCUGGCCUCAGGGCCUGGUUCGGGAGCCCCAUUUUUUGCAAAGCCCUUCCUCCUGGACCUCAGUGUUCAGUGUCUUCCCCACCAUCUGCUUUGGAUUCCAGUGUCACGAAGCUGCCGUCUCCAUCUACUGCAGCAUGCGCAACCAGCAUCUCUCCCACUGGGCCCUGGUCUCCACGCUGUCCCUGCUGGCCUGCUGCCUCAUCUACACGCUGACAGGGGCUUACGGCUUCCUGACCUUCGGGGCAGGUGUUUCUGCUGACAUCCUAAUGUCCUACCCUGGCAACGACGUGGUUGUCAUCGUCGCCCGAGUCCUGUUUGCCGUCUCCAUUGUGACCGUCUACCCCAUCGUGCUCUUCCUGGGGAGGUCGGUGCUGCAGGACUUCUGGAAGAGGAGCUGCUGCAGGGCUCCCCCCGACCCUUCAGGGUUAGGGGUGCGGAUGCCGCUGACCAUCUCAUGGGUCGCCGCAACGCUCACCAUGGCCCUGCUCCUGCCUGACCUCGGUGAGGUCAUCGGCAUCAUUGGUGGCAUCAGCUCCUUCUUCAUCUUCAUCUUCCCAGGUCUGUGCCUCAUUUGUGCCAUGGAUAUCGAGCCCUUGGGGCCAGGACUCAAGUGCUGCCUGGAGCUCUGGGGCGUCGCCUCCGUGCUGGUGGGCACCUUCAUCUUCGGCCAGAGCACAGUGGCAGCUGUCCUGGAGCUGUUCUAA